AUUUACAAAUUUACUAUCACUCUAACAUCAAUCCUCCUGAUAACAGGAUUAAUCACUGCCGCGGCUCACGCUCUACCCAACCGAAAAAUAGACCUCGAAAAGUCCUCGCCCUACGAAUGUGGGUUUGACCCCUUAAAACACGCACGCAUACCAUUCUCUUUUCGGUUUUUCCUAGUUGCUAUCUUAUUCCUCCUAUUCGACCUGGAAAUUGCCCUAUUAUUCCCGUUCCCCGUAAGGGCAUUUUUUAUGUCCCCAAACACCUCGCUAGAACUGGCUAUAGCAUUCUUACUAAUACUUACACUUGGGCUAGCCUUCGAGUGGUCCCAAGGAGGUCUCGACUGAGCUGAAUAA